UCACAAUAGCAGUUUUCACACUAACUGCUCUCUCUUCCGGUGUAGCGCUCGUCCAACCCGUCCAUCAUCAGUCAUAACAUCUAUUAUUUAUUAUAAAGAUAAAGCGUUUGCUGUCGUUGUGAUUGCGCGCAGGAGAUGUGGCAUGACGUCAUAACGCUCGUGUGUUGCGUGUAGAAUAAACGCUUUUACGUAACGAUAGCAACGGAGUCGGCGUCCAUAGAAACAGAGUAUAAACUGCUGAGUGAUGAUCUGAAGCUCUCAGACUGAUGGAGCUGCUGCCUAUCCUCGAGCCGGAGGAGCGACCACAGAGCAGACAGUGGUAUGUCGUGGUGCCCACAGGAGCCGGUCCUGGUGUUUCUGUGGGUCACACCUGCACAUUUCUGCCCUCCACUGAUGCAGGAAAGGGACGGAUUGUAAUUGUCGGUGGAGCCAAUCCUGAUGGCAGCUUCUCUGAUUCUUACAUUAUCAAUCUAGAUGCUCAUGAAUGGGACAUUCCAGACUGGGUCGGGCUGCAGCCGCGUUAUGAACACUGCAGCUUUGUUCCCGAGAGCGACCCGCAGAGUCUGUGGGUGUUUGCUGGAGCCGAGAAGAACGGGAACCGCAACUGUGUUCAAGUGUUGCGCACAUCGGAAACAAUGAAAUGGGAGAAGGUGAGAGCUAAAGGAGACGUGCCGCCAGGAGUAGCAGCUCAUUCAUCUGUAACCUUCGGGAAAAACAUCUUCAUCUUCGGAGGAAUGACAGCAGACGGAGCCACAAACGCCAUGUACAAGUUUCAGUGCGGUACGAACUCACACGCUUUUUAUAACAGCUCACGAUUUUAA